AUGACGAAAAUUCUCUGUGUGGCAGAGAAGCCCUCCAUCUCGAAGGCUGUCGCCGGUCAUUUGUCUGGAGGCCAGUACGAAACUCAAAACACUCGCUCAAAAUACAUCAAGAACUAUGUGUUCCACUUUGACUUCGGCCCACCCUGGGGGGAUUGUGAAGUCACAAUGACCUGCGUCACAGGGCAUCUCACGAGUCUAGAAUUUGGGCCAGACAACAAGGACUGGAAGUUCCCACCGCCGGAAAGCCUGUUCACAGCUCCAGUCUUUACAGCUAUCGACGAUGAUAAGAAGGUAAUUGCAGAGAACAUCGGAAGCAAGGCAAGACACGCCCGUGCCCUGUUCAUUUGGACAGAUUGUGACCGGGAGGGAGAACACAUCGGGAGCGAGAUUCGUGAAGCUGCAAGAAAGACCAAGCCAACCAUUGAGAUCAAAAGAGCCCGAUUCAGCAACAUCGAGAGAGCUCAUAUUCUGAACGCCGCACGCAAUCUCAUCAACCUUGACGAUAGACAGGUGGACGCUGUCGCAGCCCGUAUCGAGCUCGAUUUGCGCAUUGGAUAUGCGUUCACUCGGUUUCUGACGAACAAUUUACGCACUCUGGGAGGACCAUUGGCAGAGCUGAUGCUGAGUUAUGACCGCUAUUUUCGGGUGAAGAACUUCGUCCCGGAAACUUUCUGGAGCAUCAAAGUGAAGCACACCAAGGAUGGAGUUAGUGCCAGCUUCAGUUGGACAAGGAACCAUCUUUUCGACCGCGUCUCGACCAUUAUCCUGUACGAACGUUGCCUCGCUGCCAAGACGGCCAAGGUGAUCAAAGUCCAGGAGAAGCCAACCAAGAAAUGGAAGCCGCUACCCCUGACGACUGUCGAACUGCAAAAAAUGGCAACACGAUUCCUGCACAUGAGUGGACAGCAAGCCAUGUCAAUAGCAGAGGGCCUCUACAACAAAGGCUUUAUCAGCUAUCCUCGAACCGAGACUGACAGGUUCGACCGAGGGAUGAACCUCAGAGCCUUGGUUCAAAAGCAAACUCAGGACACGCGCUGGGGUGGUUUCGCUCAAAAUCUGGCAGACGGUGCUUUCAAUCAACCUAGGAACGGCCGCAAUGAUGACAAGGCGCACCCGCCUAUUCAUCCAGUCACAUACGCAGCGCCCUCGGUUCUAUCCUCAGACGAGGCCCGACUCUACGAGCUGGUCGUUCGACGGUUCCUGGCGUGCUGUUCGGAAGAUGCCAAAGGAAUGGCCACGGACGUCGACAUUCAGUACGGUGACGAGACAUUCCAUGCACACGGGGUCAUAGUCCUCGAGAGAAAUUAUCUCGACGUAUACCCGUACGAGAACUGGACAAACUCGGCUGAGCUGCCAAAGUUCACCGUGGGAGAGCGAUUCGAACCCACCGAGGCGCUCAUGACCGAAGGGAAGACGGGUCCGCCAGGCUAUCUGACAGAGGCGGAUCUCAUCGCGCUGAUGGAUGCGAAUGGAAUUGGGACCGAUGCCACCAUGGCUGAGCACAUUCAAAAGAUUCAGACCCGGGACUAUGUACGGACUACAGAGCAGGCUGGACAACAAGGCGCCCAGAAUAAUGAUGAUGACGAUGAUGAACCAGAAUCGCGCCCAGCUGCAAGAGGUGGGCGCGGCGGGCGCGGUAAUCGCGGGGGCCGGGGUAGAGGUGGGCGGGCGGGGGCUGCAGCGGGCGGCCGAAGGGGCGUCAAGGUGUUUAUCCCGACACAGCUUGGGGUCGCACUGAUCGAGGGGUUCGACCGAAUGAACUUCGAGACCAGUCUUGGCAAGCCCUUCUUGCGAAAGGAGAUGGAGUUGAGAAUGAAGGCAAUCUGCGAAGGUCGUACGACGCGCGCCGAUGUCCUAAGAGAGAGUCUCAGGCAAUAUCGCCAUGUCUACAACCAAUCGGCCGAGAAGCUCGACGUUCUGAAGCGAUCCUGCAGACAGUACAUAUUCCAACAAGCAAAUACAUGA